AUGAUAAACAUCGCGGAGGAUGAAAGACUCGGCGGGAAAUCGUUAAAGAGUGUUGUCAUGCCCGGUGACGUCUCAGUGCUGGAGGUGGUGACUCUGGUCGGAAGAGCGGUGUGCGCAGGCGCGGCGCUGACAGCCGCACUCUACCUUAUCCGCAGAGUGUGUUUAAUAAUGGCCUGGAAAUCCGGAGGAGCGAGCCACGCAGAGCUCGUCAACAACCUCCGCAAGAAUGGCAUCAUUAAAUCCGACCGUGUCUAUGAAGUAAUGUUGGCCACAGACCGUGCAAAUUACUCAAGAUGUAAUCCAUACAUGGACUCACCACAAUCUAUAGGUUACCAAGCAACAAUCAGCGCACCUCAUAUGCAUGCGUACGCUCUGGAGCUUCUACACGAUCAUCUGUAUGAAGGAGCGAAGGCUCUGGAUGUGGGAUCAGGCUCUGGCAUCCUGUCUGCUUGCUUCGCCAGGAUGGUUGGGCCGAAGGGGAAGGUUAUUGGCAUAGAUCAUAUACAGGACCUGGUGGACGACUCCGUUGCUAAUUUAAAGAAAGAUGACCCCAGUUUGAUCUCCUCUGGGAGAAUCAAACUAAUCGUUGGAGAUGGAAGAAUGGGUUUUACAGAAGAAGCGCCUUUUGAUGCCAUACAUGUUGGAGCAGCCGCUCCCAAUGUGCCACAAGCAUUGUUGGAGCAACUAAAACCCGGUGGGCGUCUGAUUCUGCCGGUGGGUCCAGCGGGGGGGAACCAAAUGCUGGAGCAGUAUGACAAACUGGAGGAUGGCAGUACCAAAAUGAAGCCACUGAUGGGCGUGAUUUACGUGCCUUUAACAGACAAAGACAAGCAGUGGUCAAGGUGGAAGUGACUUCUGUCCUCUGUUCCUCUCUCUUCCCAGGGCACAGGGAUGAACUAUGAAAGGAUGAUCAAUACCGACAAUACUCAUCACACCACGUGCACACAAACACACACAGACAACCAUCUGGACUUCACUGGGGGAAGCCUGUACAAAUGCUCUGUUUCUUACCCGUGACAGGCGGACUGUUGUGAAAGAGGGAUUCUUUAAUCUAGAAGAAAUGGAAUAGGGCUUUGUGCUGGGAUUGACACGCCUGCGGUUUGAGGAUUGUGUUAUGCAUUUGUUUUAGUUUUUUUAUUUUGUUGGCGAGCGGAUGCACAUUUUUUCUGUUGUUUUCAGUAUUACGUCAUUUUGAUAGUUUCUUCGUGCAUCUCAACUUAAUGUAAACGGAAUACGGUGGUGGCUGUUGUGCUGAAUCCAGCCUGUUAUUAAAGCAUAAUUUACUGGUU